AUGAGCACUACAGACACACUUGUGUAUAUCUGUGUCAUUCUAAAAUCUACACCCAACGAUGAGUCUGCACAUUUUACUGUGGCUGUUUCCUUUCAUCAUGUGCUACCCCGUUGCGCGUCAGCUAAAAAGCUCUACACCGCUAUUCCCUGUAUUUUUACCUUUGGCGACUCGUUGUUGAAUGCUGGCAACAACAACCAUCUUAAGUCUGCGCCGGCAAAGGCGAACACGUUGCCGAAUGGAAUCGACUUCCCAACUCAUAAUGCCACUGGUCGUUUCUGUAAUGGAAAAAUAGUGCCGGAUUUCAUUGGUGAGCGGCUCACAUUCUGUGUGCCGUCUCAGCAAGUGAUCAUUCUGAAUGACAGAAUCAGGAGCGUCAAUUCUGUAGGACCAUGAUGCUUUGGAACUCAAGUAUCUCUAGUGAUGGAUGGUUCGAUUGCAGCUGACUACGUGGGUCUGGAUUAUGCUCCUCCAUACCUGGCUCCCACCACCAAUGGUGCUCAGCUUCUACAGGGAGUGAACUAUGCUUCGGGUGCUGGAGGUAUCCUUGACGAGAGCGGGGCACAAUGGCUGAGUCAUCCAGAUCACUUCGCUUCUCCUUACAUUCCUCUUAACAUUGUUCUUUUCUUGGAUCUCCUAUCCCUAUCUGCUCAAAUCCAACGUUUGACGAACACAACAAUUGAACUGGAAGAGAUUCUAGGAGCUGCACAGAAGAAGUCAUUCUUGGCUGAGCCGCUAUUUCUGAUAAGCCUAGGAACCAAUGACUACGUUUACAACUACACAUUGAUGGCAGCGGGUUUCAACGCUGCUGUGCGAGUAAUGCUGCCGGAGCUCGCCAGCACUUUGUCUGGAUCGGCGUUUUUGUAUAGUAAUGCAUGCUCAAAUCGCAGCGCAUACGUCUUUUGGGAUGAUUUUCACCUUGCGGAGACUGUGAAUGUGUUCCUGACCCAAAAGCUCUUCUACGGCUCCACUUCCAACAUCCCCAUGAACAUCUAUCAACUCUCUCAGUUGAGUUUGUAACAGUGGAACACACUCGUAUUGGGCACAUCUAAGAUGCGGGUACUGCGCAUUUUUUGUUGCUAAGGAAGCCGUUUCAAUCAGUAAUUUAAGAUCCUCAUGCAUGCAAGAACUACGGUGAUAGUCUCCAGUGGUUGCUGAGUAUUGUUCAAAAAAUGUCUACUAAAUGGU